CUGAGUUAUGCACCUACCGAAGCUCGGCUUACUACACCUCUCCUAGCCAUAGCUUCUACAGCAGCGAUACCGAUAGAAGAAGCUGUGCAACCAGAAGUACCGCUGAAAGCAUUGAGGCUGCUCACUUACUUGAUAAAGGAAAAGUUCGAAAGUGGAGAGUCAUUACACGAUUUGAUAGCGGGUGAGCAGCUUCUGGUUCUGGUCGAUGCUGCAGUCAAGACCUCAGUGGAAACAUCGAAGCCAGAGGUUCUAUAUCAAUGCCGACGUAUCACAGAAGGACUUCGACUUGCUGAAGUUUUUUGGACUCGAAGUUAUCGCAAAUGUGUCAGUAUACACGGCGUCGCAGUUGUAAUGGAGCUGCUGCGGUUACUAGCUGCUCUCAAAGACUUCUCAAAGCUUCAUAAAGACCAAUACUGGAGAUCUCUGAAGGAUCCACGCCUUGUGGCCUUCCUUGCUUAUGCUGUUUGUUAUGGUGAUCAUGAAAUGGUGCAUAAUGCUUUGGUGCUAUAUACUCACUGCUCUCAACUUCAUGCUUUUCCCAGUAAAUGGCUGGGUGAUCUCAUCGCUUCUUGUUCUCAAGCAAAGCAGUCCCUACAUGAUAGUAGAGUCACAUCACCUAACACCUCAAGCGAGAUGAGGUGA